AAAGGAUGGGCAUACAGGGGUGUCUCUGGCGUGGAUUGGUCGCGAUUCCCCAGAUUGUCAUUAUCAUUUUAUCGGGAAUACUCGACCGGGGUCUUGAUUUAUUUCUCCUUCUAAUGUUCCAAAUUCCAAAUUCUUUAGUUUCUUUUUCUCAGGUAGCUUGAUAAUACAUUAUUUCUCCAGUUUCGAGCACCGAAUCGACUACCGCCUAGAGAACCGGUUUACCGACGACUUGCAGGGUUGAAGGGUUGAGCAGAGAUUAUCUAGAUGCGCAUGGUUGAAGAUGAUUGGCCGCUGGCGCCCAUCACUACGACAUCGCUACUGUGCUAACAUACAAUAUCUACCUGAAGUCGGGCCAGCAGCGCCGUCCAGCCCACCAUAUUCAUCUCGAGCAUCAUGACGCGAAGGAUAGUGCGCACCAUAUCCCAGCUAACCGCUGCAGCACUUUUCGCAUUCCUGAUCAUCUUCUUCCUCGAUCGGAAUUUCCGACUCCUCCCCAAUGCCGUCCACGAGUAUAUGCCACAGCACCAUCAUGGACAAGUCGUUACCGAUAUAACAAUAACCCAGUGCUCCAAAAUCAAUCUACUUUCCUCCUGCAAGCUCGACCCCGAAUCCUGGCAUCGAGUGGAGAAAAACCUCUACUUGGGCAAAUCAUGGGUCUCUAGCGCCUACCUUCACGUACAGAGGAAGAAGGAGGAGGAGCUUACCACCACCGAUAAGGUCGUCAUAGGCGUCACUGUUAGUCGACAGGACCCUUCAACGGGUGCUAAGGGUAAAUCCGAUGGGAAAUGGGAGUCUCGUCCGGCUGGGUUAUGGGUAUUGCGAUCAUCUAAGCCGACGGCGAGCGAUUCUAAGAAGGCCGUCACCGCGGUCGAUGUCCUUUUCGGCGACGAUGCUGUGGAAGCUCGGAGUGGAUGGCAGUUCCAGAAUACUCCAUUAUUGCUCGAUGCCGGCGCAGACAUACCAACUGCUCAUAUCACAAUCCGGCAAGGGAACCAGAUUGAACCUGUAAAGCCUCAGCCGCGGGUGAAGGAUAAUGGAAAGUUCAAGAUAAUGCAGUUGGCAGACCUACACCUGAGCACUGGCGUCGGUCAUUGCAGAGAUGCAGUUCCCGACGAGUAUGAAGGAGGGGUUUGUCUUGCGGAUCUGCGGACCCUCGACUUCGUGUCCAAGCUAUUGGAUGAGGAGAAGCCGGAUCUGGUCGUCCUUAGUGGCGACCAGGUAAACGGAGACACUGCGCCCGAUGCGCAAUCGGCGAUCUUCAAAUAUGCACAACUACUUAUUAAGCAUAAGGUUCCCUACGUAUCCAUAUUUGGAAAUCAUGACGAUGAAGGAGCGCUAUCUAGAGCCUCGCAGAUGGCGCUGAUUGAACAGCUGCCAUAUUCGCUAUCCGUGGCUGGUCCGGACGAUAUUGAUGGAAUCGGCAAUUACUAUAUCGAGGUUCUGGCCCAAGGGACCUCAAAGCAUUCUGCAUUGACAAUAUACUUGCUUGAUUCACAUUCAUAUUCCCCAGACGAACGGCAGUGGAGCGGCUAUGAUUGGAUCAAGAAGAACCAGAUCGACUGGUUCAGACAGACAUCGGAAGGUCUGAAGAAAAAGCACAAGGAAUAUACUCAUAUACAUAUGGAUCUCGCCUUCAUUCACAUACCUCUCCCGGAGUAUAGAGAUGCAGAAUCCCCUCGUGUAGGCGAACUGAGGGAGGGUGUCACGGCCCCUAAAUACAAUUCGGGAUUCCGCGAUGCCUUAGUUGAGCAAGGUGUUGUAAUGGUUAGCUGUGGACAUGACCAUGCCAACGAGUAUUGCAUGCUUUCAGAAAAUGAGGAGACGAAGAAGCCCGAGCUGUGGAUGUGCUACGGUGGUGGCGCGGGAUUUGGAGGAUAUGGCGGCUAUGGCGGCUACGUCCGGCGGGUUCGGUUCUUCGACAUCGACAUGAACAACGCCCGAAUUACGACUUACAAGCGACUUGAAUAUGGCGAUACCGAGGCCCAUAUUGACAGGCAAAUAAUUGUCGACGGUGGGAGCGUUCAGCCUCCCAAGGAAGAGAGUCAAUAAAAAGAAGAGUGCUACAUUUCGAGACCUCAUGGAUGACUCCUUUACCGACUCCCCUCUAUCGAAAAUGAGAUACCAUCAUGCUUUACGAACUCUCCUUGCUACGGGAAGUCUGGAUUCCCCUCUGAUCUAUCGUUUUACCACCUUGGAUUGGGAUGAUAUUUUUUUGUGACGAUCUGAAUCCGCGCGGGCGGAAAUGAUUACGUAGGCACGACUACGACAACAGCAAAAGCAACAGAAAAAGGGCGCAACGGGGCGUUAUGGGAGCAGCGAUAGAAUUGGUCGGCGGCAGGUGGUAUUGUCAUGCUCCGUGUAUCAUAAAAGAGCGAUGGGCAGGCGUAUAUAUUUCCAGCGGUAGUUGAAAGAAAAAGAAAAUACUACGGCCGUGAGUUUCUUUUGGGCAUUGCCUUGUUGACUGUCUGGUUGUUGUGGAUCUGAUGAUAUGCAUACGCAUAUUCCCUUUCUUGCUCACCUAUCCCUGAUUACUGACACACC